CCGGGUACGGCAUUGCAUCUCCGCAUACGGCAUUGCAUCUCCGCAUACGGCAUUUCAUCUGCGAGUGCGACAUUUCAUCUCCGGGUACGACAUUUCAUCUCCGAGUACGACAUUGAAACUCCGGGUACGGAAUUGUAAAAUAGCCUGGACGGAAUAUAGAGUGCAAUACAUUGUUUGUUACAAUUUCGUCCAUAACCAAACUAAAUCGUUAAAAGUUUUUUGAAAUCAACAAUAAUUGUUAUACCGGGAAAAUAUUCAGGGUGGAAAUUAAUAUGACGAAUAUCCUUCGCUCAAAAUUUCAUUUGCUGAUAGGCCUAACAGGCACGGCCGUGUUUUGUUUGGGAUUCUUUAUAUUAGCGUCAGGUAUCGUGGUAAAAAAUCUUCUGAAUGGACUGGAAACAUUUUCGCAUCUUGGCCGAAAUGGCGCUUGUGAAUAUUGGGGUGGAUUACCGACCAUUCUUACAGGAAGUAUAUUAACGCUCGCUGUUAUCUUGAAUAAACACCGCUUUUUGAAAUACAUCAGUCUAUGUGCUGUUCUAAUUACGAUGGUAUUAACACUAGGAGUCAUUAUGGAGGAAUUGCUAUUUGCUGCUACGGUAUACCAGUAUAGCCGUGAAGAUAGUUUUGCCUGCCGAAAAAUACCGAGAGUUGAUUGGAUCGAACGUGAAGAAGAUUGUCUAAAGUUGAAGAAGGCAGUUCCCUGGUAUUACAUCAUGCUAUUUGCAGCAAAUAUUGUUUUUGUAUUGUGUUCAUUUGUGGCGCUGAUAUUGUUUAUUGACUGGAUCUUAUUUGUCGCUCUGAGAACACCGCAUAAUAAUUUCGAAAUGGUGUAUCAACUCUCUCCAGGAAGUCAAAGAGGAUAUUCUGAUUUGCAGAGUCAAACAUUGUCCGAUCCUUAAGAAAAUCCAAUCAAGUAUUAUCUUUACAACCAUCCUCGAUGGUGACACAACCAGUGCACUCGUAUUAGACUUCGCCGAUUCUUUUUUAACCAAUGGCUUAGUUUCCACGUUUGCAUAGCUAAUUUUAAGAAUUUUUUAUCACUGCACAUAUCAUCACAAUGGUAUAGUGGAGAGAGGGGACAUGAUAAAAAUGGUCCUAACUGGAAAUUGGUGAUUUGAAGAUAGGGAAAUUGUAUGGGGUCUGCAGGACCUCUUGUAGAAAAUUUUCCGUAUUUUUGAGUCCCUGUGACUUGAUUUCCAGCAUUUUGGGGGACAAUUACUUAUGAAUCCACCUCAGCAGAGUGAGUUCUGUUGAGAAAAUACCAUUUUCACUGCACAUUUCUCAUUUUAUCAUUGCACAUUCUACUUUUAUCACUGCACAAAUUGGUUAUCACACUGCACACUAAAAUUAGGUAUGCACGUUUGGUGGCGAAAUUAUUCAUGUUUCGACUCUUCUGUUCCGACUCUUCAAACAAUUAAAAUGCCUCCGGAAUAUGCAAAUUUCAGAGAACGAAAAUUAGGAUGCCGUGUCAAAUUUACAGGGGCCGGUUCACGGUUGUUUGAAAGGCGUUUACCUGCUUAAACGGUGGAUAAGUUCAAAAUGGAAACAAAAUUAUCUAUUUAUUGGUUGAAUA